GAACAUGUUUGUCGUGAAUUCACUGAUAUUUUUAUCAUAAUACUUGUUCUAUAUCCCUCAGUGUGAUCAAAGUCAGAUAAGGUUACAGAGAUAUGGUCAUGAAGAUUUUAUUUAUCAAAUGAGAUGAUCAAAGAUGAUCUAUUGGAAAACAAGAAGCAACCUUGGUGCGUGUUUGCAAUACGGGCUUCUGGGAGCAGUGAUUGUAAACUUCAUUCUUUUUGCAAUAUUCACUUUUACCCACAGGUAUCUCAAGACCCACGCUAUAGUGAUAAUAAAUCCAUUUCUGGGUACCGACUUAUCAUUGAUUCACGUUCAGAAUUUUGGAAUACUUAAUGAUAAAGGCUUUAGGAUUCGAACAACAGACGAUACACACGGUUCGCAUACCACUGCACUGAUGGAUCCAUACGCUCACAUCAGCAGUACACCCUUAAUUCCAACACGGAAUCUUACAUGCAAAGGUUGUUUUAAAUACACUAACGAAUAUGUGAUUAAAAACUCGAACAUAUGCGACAAUUCGACAGAAUUAGUGUUUUUGAUCGCGUCUGCAGUGGAUGGAUUUAACCAACGGAAUGCCUUACGUAUGACGUGGUUAAAUCUAACCGGAGAGUUAGAUCGUCAGGUUAAGCACGUGUUUUUGCUGGGGGAGUCUUCCAAGGGUUCUGUCAAUGAUAUGAUUGUGGAAGAAAAUGAACGUCAUCAUGACAUCAUACAAGGGAGCUUCUUGGACAGUUACGGCAAUCUCACGCUGAAAACAAGAAUGGCCAUGAGAUGGGCGGUCGAAGACUGUCCUAGUGUCAAAUACGUCAUGAAAACUGAUGACGACAUGUGGAUCAAUGUUCCCAAUAUCAUGUCCAUAGCUUUGCCAAGAUUUGGAAAAAUAUUCCAAGAGCAAAUCGGGGGUGUAUGCCUGAAGGACGAAAAGCCCCACAGAGACCCAAAGUCCAAGUAUUACAUACCAGAGACCUUAUACAGCAAGAAAAUGUUCCCGCCAUUUUGCAGUGGCACUGGUUACAUGACGUCACUGCCAGUGGUGAAACGGAUCCACGAUAUGGCGGAAAACGUGCCGUUUUUCCCGCUGGAGGACGUGUACAUAGGUCUGUGUCUUGAACAGCUGAACCUGAAGGUGACCAAGCUUGCUGGAUUCUAUCACUACAACCCUCGCUUCAAACCCCCUUGCUGGUACAAGGGGCCUUUUGUGUUCACAGUGCAUGGAUUGUCUCCCGAAAAAAUCAUAGAAAUUUGGAGUACGCAAUGUGAAUAAAUUAUGUGACCACCGUUAUUUUAUCCUGUUUUUGUUAGAAAUUAAAA